GAGGCAAACACGACUGAGUGACUGAACAACAACAUAGGUGGGGACUGCAUUGUUUAUUGGCUGUUAGAAAACUGGUGAAUAUUUUAUGUCUUAAUUUAUGUGUCAUUUACAGAUGAUGGUCUUUUAGCAUGUAUUCUGCAAUACAGCUGACACAUACUACUUGUUAACAUUGUAAAAUUCCUUUUCUUUUUGGGUACAUAGUUCUAUAGCAGAUGUAGAAAUCUAUGUUGUUUCAAAAAAUUGUUUUAGUCAUAUUUUUCAUUUUUCAUUUGUUUUCAAUUGUAAACAACCAAUUAUGAAAAGUUAAUUAUUAAUUGGGUAAGCUUGGUUUUGGAUUAUUUAUGUUACAAUAUAUAAUAUAUUGUUUAGAAUUUAUUUAUGUACAGUAAGUUUGCAGAAUACAAUGAUAGUGUAAUAUUUUUCAUUUCAAUUUGAGACAACUGUUGAUUGAUACGUUCCUGAGGGUCCUGGUAGAAAAACACUCUGUUUCUGAGAGUUGGCAAAAGAUUGUCCAAUGUGAGUGUGUUUGGCAUAUGGUUUUUAAAACUAGUCUACCUUAACGGUGAAUUUAUGUUAUGCUUUCUUAGAAUUCUAUUCCUUUAUUGUUUCUAAAUGCUUAAGGUCAUCGUUGUGGUGUUUCAUAACUUGAUAUAUCUCUCCUACACAUGUGAUCAAGCAUUUACAACCCAAAGCGAACAGUGAUAAACAAGAAACAUUCCAAACAUUGAUGCUGGGAAGCCCUGAAAGCUGUGAAAUCAAACAUGUUCAUCUUUGGGAAAGUCAGGAAAAUAUGUGUGACUUUGAGUGUCAGGGGAGAGAUGACAAAAGAAACUACAAAGGCACAUCUAUAAGCCUUAAUGGAAAUGUGCCUGAUGGAAGAGAUUUGCAUGAUAGAAAGGAUGCAGGCAUCAAGCCCUUUGGAAAGAGGUUUGGAUUUAACUUUCAGGAUAAACUGCAGAUAUUUCAAACUGGCGGGAUAAUUUCUGAAUAUAAUCAAGUUAAGAGUUCUGUCAACAACAGUUUCUCAUUUUCACCACUUCACAGAAUUCCUCCUUGUGUCCAAACCAGUGUUUCUAAUACAUAUGGGAAUGAUUUUAUGAAUCCUUCAGGACUAACACAAGAACUCAAAGCACACAGGGAAAAACCUUACAAAUGUGAUGAGUGUGGCAAGGCCUUUCAUGUAAAGUCAACCCUUUUAAGUCAUCAGACAGUUCAUACUGGUGAGAAACCUUACAAAUGUGAUGAGUGUGGCGAGGCCUUUCGCCUAAAGUCAACCCUUUUAAGUCAUCAGACGGUUCAUACUGGAGAGAAACCUUACAAAUGUGAUGAGUGUGGUAAGGCCUUUUGUGUAAAGUCAACACUUUUAAGUCAUCAGACAGUUCAUACUGGAGAGAAACCUUACAAAUGUGAUGAGUGUGGCAAGGCCUUUCGUCUAAAGUCAAGUCUGGUAAGUCAUCAGACAGUUCAUACUGGUGAGAAACCUUACAAAUGUGAUGAGUGUGGCAAGGCCUUUCGUCUAAAGUCAAACCUUUUAAAUCAUCAGACAGUUCAUACUGGAGAGAAACCUUACAAAUGUGAUCAGUGUGGCAAGGCCUUUCCUCUAAAGCCAACCCUUUUAAGGCAUCAGACAACAGUUCAUACUGGAGAGAAACCUUACAAAUGUGAUGAGUGUGAUAAGGCUUUUCCUGUAAAGUCAACCCUUAUAAAACAUCAGACAAUUCAUACUGGUGAGAAACCUUACAAAUGUGAUGAGUGUGGCAGUGCCUUUCGUCUAAAGUCAAUCCUUUUAAAGCAUCAGACAAUUCAUACUGGAGAGAAACCUUACAAGUGUGAUGAGUGUGGCAAGGCCUUUCCUGUAAAGUCAACCCUUUUGAUGCAUCAGAAAGUCCAUACUGGUGAGAAACCUUACAAAUGUGAUGAAUGCGGAAAAGUCUUUGGUCGAAAACCUCAUCUUCAACGUCACAGUAGAAUUCAUACUGGAGAGAGUCCUUUCAGAUGUAAUAAGUGUGGCAAGUUCUUCAGUCGAAAUUCACACCUUCAAAAACAUCAGAGAAUACAUAUAGAGAAACCUUUCAAAUGUGAUGAGUGUGGAAAAGUCUUUGGUCAAAAACCACGUCUUCAACAUCACUGGAGAAUUCAUGCUGGAGAGAGCCCUUUCAGAUGUAAUGAGUGUGGCAAGUUCUUCAGUCGAAAUUCACACCUUAAAAGACAUCGGAGAAUACAUAUAGAGAAACCUUUCAAAUGUUUCAAGUGUGGAAAAUCCUUUACUCAGGUCUCAGCACUCACUAAACAUCAGAAAAUCCAUACAUGAGAGAAACUCAUGUGAAUGUGGUAUAUGGUAGAAGUCUUCAAAUGUCAAAGUCCAAAAUUCACACCCUACUGUUGCUCAGAGAAUUCAUCCUACUGAGAAACCAUACAAAUAUCAUGAGUGUGGCAACAUCUUAGGCUUCAUGAGAAAAUUCAUACUGGAUAGAAGCCAGAUAUAUAUGUAUUGAUUAGUCAGGUCUUUAGAACAUGAAUUCAUUCUAGAAAGAUUCCUCACCAAUUUCACAAAAGAUAAAAAAAAAAUACCCUAUCCUCACAUCUCACCAGUAGUAUCAGAGUAUUUAUCCUGGAGAAAACAUACAGCAAUGUAACGUGUAUGGCAAGGAUCUUACCCCAAAAGUCACAAGAUAGGAACAUAGUGGAGCCAUACUUCCCAGACUCAGUGGUUGUGGCAAAUCCUUUACCUUUUUCACUCUAUGUAUUCUCUGAUGACUUUAGUUCAGGUACUCAGCAACUGCAGUAAGUCCAUAUUUGAAGAGAAGCUAUAGAGAUCUUUUCGUGUAAAAGAAACCCGAAUUCUGCCCCAGCAAAUAUGAUUCUUUGGGACAGUAGUCCGACAUCUUUUUGGUCUCCUGGCUUUCUGAAUAAAGUCACUAUUCCUUGCCCAACAAGUAGUCUCUCAGGUUAUUGGCCUGUUGUGUGGUGAGCUCUAAGAGCUUGGCUUUGGUAAUACAUUGAUCAAAUGCAUUUGCUACAUGCAUUUCACGAUGGUCUCUGGGAAGGAAUCAAUGAGAUGAAGGGACUGACUUUAUUAGAUACAACUCCUUCACAUCCAUGUUCCCUGGAAAAACACACAGCCUGAAUUACAAAAUGCAAUAGUGUGUGUGAAUUAGCAACAGGGAGGGGAGAAAAUAAUGUAAAACUAGGAUAUGACUCAUCAUGGUCAGUAGGAUCAGGAAGCCCUUCCGUACAUAGUCCAGCCUGUUGUAAAAGAUAAUGUUCUACCAACUGACAAACAGAGUAGGCAAGAUGUUAAAAGUCCUGAGCUUUGCAUAGGAGGAGAGGGACAGUUGCAUGGGACUGAUGGUGUGCUAGGAACAAUGCAUAGAAAUAGGGUCAUGUUCUCCAUUGGAUAGAAAAAACUGUUGUAUUCAUGAUUAAAGAAGAGUUACUCUUACUUGUGGAAACUGAAGAGAGAGCUGUCACAGUCUUUGUAGACCUAGACCUGAGGAAUGGAUUCGACAAGAAGAAGGAAGCUGGGGACCCAAGUCUCGAGUGAAACAAGGGUGCUUUAUUUGCAAAAACGCAUGUUUAUAUAUCUUUACACAAGGCAACUUUAGGCAGUAAAAACAUUGAACAAAAACCAAGCAAAGCAAAUAGCAAUCUUGAAAGGGCCAGAAAGCAUUCCAUAUCCUGAGGUAGAGGGGCAUAACUGAAUAGAUUACCUUUAAGUAAAAGGUCACUGAAGGGAAUCCCAGCAGAUGCUCUUUCUCAUGACCUCAGUCCUGAGAACUGCGUGCAGCUCUGCUUAUUCCUGUUUUCCAGGAACUGAUAAAGAAUAGAGUCCUUGAGAAUCGGCACACAAAAGAAGAAAAUAUCAUGUUGAAUCCUUUAAAGUUGAAUGUCCCCUGACAGUUCCCCCUUUUUUACAUUGUCAUAAUUGGGGAUGACUGUAGAUACUUGUGUGAAAAAGGCCCUGAGCAAGUGAGUUUGUUUAGUUUGAACAAUUUUAGUUGAAAGACAUCGGUAUGUUACAAUUAUAAUCACCAGGAUAAUUAUCAGCGUUAUAGUUCCAGAUCAAAUACUAUGUGUAAUGCCUUGAAACCAUCUUUGAGGGUCUAGCCCAGAUAAUUGAUCAGCUAGCUGUUCAGCUAAGGUUUCCAAAUUGUUGGAAGAGGGUAGACUCUUAUAGAAGGUUUCAAGGAUUUCCUUUUGCAACAAUUGUACAUUUAAGGAAGUAUUAUUAUGCAUAUCUUGCAAAUGAAAUUUGAUUUUUUUCCCCAAUUGUAAGCACUAUGGUUGAACCGAAGAGGAGUGAUACAAAAUUAAGUAGAAUUCCAAUCACAAUUUAAUAAUACUUGUUUUUAUAAAUCUAUUAAUUGAUCUCCAACCCAUUGGAUGGCUGUUUUUAAUUCCUGAAUUUUAUCUUGAACUUUUCAUCUUUCUGAACCUGAGUGACCCACAUAGUAUGAGCAUCUUUAGUCCAAUUUUGAAUAAAGAUUUGUGUUUGAACUGAA